AUGGAGCAAGCUGUGACACAGGUCCUCUCGACAACCCUUCGCGGACUGGAUGAAGACAUUUUCGCGUACAUUAGCGGUGCCUUAGCUGAAAAACUAGCGGACACGUUUCCCUCCGAGAGCGUAGCUUUGGAAGAGCUUUUAAAUGAUAGCGUGACCCCAUUCUUGAUUAGCACCGGAUUUUGUGACGACACGGCGGCUGCUACCAAAAUUUGUGCUUCAUUGGCCGUAAAGUUGCUAGCAAGUCCGAGUUUCAAAGAGAAUAGAGUGCAUCAGGAUGAGGUUCGCGCAUUGGAGAACACGCAGAGCAUCGAGGAACAGGCACGUCUGGACGAGGGCGCGGCCGAUGCAGAGCAGCUGAUGGCCCGCAUGUGGGGCUUUGAUAAGAUUCGUAAGACCACAAAUGAUGAGCUAGAAGCGCAGCAAUCUGCACUUUCAGCUCGUCAAGUGCGAAAACAGAUCAAAUUGGAGCAGCUUACAGCUGAGCACGACGAUGAGCAAGCCGAACUUGACCGCGAGUGGGAAGAUGCGCGGUUCCUGCCCGAUCUCUCGCAGGACAAUGGGGAGCGCGAUAUACACGUGCCAAGACUGACGAUCCACUUUAAAGGAAAGACGCUGUUAUCUGACACGGUGCUAAAAAUUGUGUCUGGUCGCCGAUACGGACUUGUGGGCAAGAAUGGAGCCGGCAAGACGACUUUGCUAAGAUAUAUCUCGCACUAUGAACUCGAGGGAUUUCCUCGGCAUAUUCGUAUCCAAUUAGUAGAGCAGGAAUCAGCUUCCAAGCUUAGCAAGGAUGACCGCAGUGUUUUGGAGGUUGUACUUGCUGCAGACUACGAGCGAAGUAUGUUAUUACAGAAAGAAAAAGAUUUAAUAGCUGAAGAAAGCACGCAGGGUGUUGACAACAGCAUGCUUCUUAAAGCAAUUUACGACAGACUCCAAAACAUUGACUCGGAUACGGCUGAAUCACGCGCGCGUACUAUUUUAAAUGGCCUUCAGUUCCCCGAUCACGUCGUGGAUGGACCGGCCAAGGCGCUUUCAGGUGGUUGGCGAAUGCGUACGGCACUAGCUGGUGCACUGUUCAUGGCACCAGACCUGCUACUUCUUGAUGAGCCGACGAACCACUUGGAUCUUGAAGCUGUUAUAUGGCUGGAGCAUUAUCUGGAAAAGUACGAAAAGCAGAUGAUUGUGGUAUCUCACGACCGAAACUUUUUAAAUGCUGUGACCACCGAUAUCAUCUACUUGUCAAAUCAAAAGCUAGCGUACUACAAAGGCGAUUACAACACUUUCGAGCACACGGUAAAGCAAAAUGUGCGUCAACAACGCAAGGCUUAUGAUGCACAGCAGAUGAAAAUCCAGCACAUGCAGGAAUUUAUUGAGCGUUUCCGUGCCAACGCGAAGAAGGCACCGCUCGUUCAAUCACGUGUUAAGGCAUUGGAAAAGAUUUUACGCAAUGAGCUCAUUGAUGAGCCAGAAGACGAGCAUGCUUUCCGGAUGAGUUUCCCGCCACCGGAGCCGCUUGGUCGACCUAUCAUUGCUAUCGAAGGCGUAGGUUUCCGAUAUUCACCGGAGUCUCAGUUAUUAUUCAAGGAUGUGCACAUGGGUGUAGAUAUGACGAGUCGUAUUGGCAUUCUCGGUGUGAAUGGUUCUGGUAAGUCGACACUUAUCAACAUUAUGAUCGGCAAACUUCGUGCCACCGAAGGCUCCGUGACGAUGAACCCGCGUCUGCGUGUGGCCACGUUCACACAGCACCACGUUGAUUCGCUUGAUUUGUCCAAGUCAGCAGUGCAAAACAUGAAAGAGAUGUUUCCUGGUCAUGAAGCCGAUGAAUUUCGCUCUCACCUUGGUCGGUUUAAUCUUUCGGGUGAGCUAGCAAUCAAACCCACACGUACAUUGUCAGGUGGUCAAAAAUCCCGUGUCGGCUUUGCGCUUAUGACGUGGCGUCUGCCACACGUUGUGGUGCUUGAUGAGCCGACUAAUCACUUGGAUAUGGAGACUAUCGAUGCACUGAUUGACGCUCUACGCGAGUACAAAGGCGGUGUUGUGAUUGUUUCUCACGACCAACACUUUGUGCAAAGUGUGUGCGAAGAAUUGUGGGUAGUGGGUGAUCAACAAGUGACUCGCUUUCGAGGCACAAUGAGCGAAUACAAGAAUCAAGUUCUUGCUAAAAAGUGA